AUGGGGGUGAUGAUGUGCUACGAUCUCAUCGUCGUCGACGAGGCCCCCCAGCUGUUCGAGGAGCACUUCAGCCGCUUGCACGAGAUGUGGCGGGCAGCCGGCAAAGUACCGUGUUUGGUUUUCGCCGGGGACGAGUGGCAGCUCCCACCGGCGGACCACACCAAGCGAAAACUUGGUGAAUCACCCCGGGUGGCGUCUCGUGCACAAGAUCGAGCUGCACAAAGUCUGGCGCCAAGCAGACGGAGACCCACUGUUUCUGGGUAUCUGAGAAAGAACCGGCCAAUGGGCUCAGAAGGCGACGCCUUCGCCUGGUCGGGGCACCAUGAGCCAGCCAACCUGGACAUCGAAGAUUUCUUCCAGAAGACGGACGGCAAAACCAUGGUCGUCACAUGCAGCAUCUCCGCGGCUUACGACAACAAUCCGGACAACUACGACAUCCAAAGCAAGCUCCGCGCAGAUCGUAGUCCUGAACCACUAGCGCUGGACCUCUACGUGGGGCUGACGCGCAAUUUGGCAAAGCACUUGGGUUAUGCCAACGGCAUUACAGUGGUGGUGGAGUCCUUGGACAAGCGCACCAGUGCAGUUGUGGUGCGCACAGAGAUGCAACAAGUGCUGAUGUGCCCCAGGGCCGCGUGA